UCCUUCCCCCCCUAAUCAUUUCAAACCUCCCUAUAAAUACACAACCCCCGCUCCUACUCCUAACCCAUUUCAGUCCAUCAUCCAUCAUACAUACAAUAGCUUACAAUAUUUCCUCAAAUUUCCAUAUGGCAUUCAUAUCUUCCCUUUCUUUCGACCCAUUUUCAAGAACUCGAUUAUUAAUCAAACCAAACUCAAACGCGAGAAAAAUCUGCACCACGAAAACAUAUGCAGCUAGAAAAGAAGCCCACAAUCAGAACUUCAGCGGGAGGGUGGUGGACGAGAACCUGAUCGUUCUCCGUAAGAGAAUCCACGAAAUGAAGAUGAUGGAGAGGAAUUACGAGCCCCCUAUGGAGUGGAUGGAUUGGGAGAAGCGAUUCUACACCAGCUAUGAUUCCAUCAUAUGUGACGCCAUGGGGCAUUUGCAGUCUUAUUUGAUGGAGACAAGGCCGAGCUUGGCCUUGGCCAUCAUUGCACUAAUUGCAUUCAGCGUGCCCACCUCAACUGCGCUGCUCAUGUACAAUUUUUUGGAAUUCAGCAAAGGAGUUUUAUCUGGGAUUCAUCUCAUGACCUAAGUCAGAACAACAUAAUAUAUGUUUCAAUUUUCAUUUCUUGACUCUUUCCUUUUUCUUCGGCGACAUAAUUAGGCAGGCAGGUUCACCUUUCUGUAUAUAUAAAUGCAACGUGGGGUAGCUACUUUAUUAAUUCUUUGAUUCAUUUCUGUGUAUCAUGACUUGUUCAUCCUUAUUAUUUUUGAACAGGUGACUUUUUCAAUGUUUGUUCGGAACAUACAUAUAUAUAUGUGUGUGUAUAUAUUAA